AAAAAUCAUCAUGGUUGGAGUUUGUUUCUUUCUCCUGGUUAUCCUUUCAAAAAUGUCCAAGAAAAUCCCAAAAAUUGCAAAAGCCGCCAAAAAUUCUAAGAAAUCGCGAGUUUAGAGAAAAUUUUCCCAAAAUUUCGCAAAGUUUCACACCAUUUUCUGCAAUUUUAAAAUUUCUAAAUUCACCAUUUGUCAUUCUCUGUCCAUGCUGGCAACACCACAACGUGCCCCGAAGUUUCUGACAAGCAGCGCAAAAGUCGACGGGAGUUUCUCCAGCCCUCAGAAAAAUGUAUAGAGCACGGAGUGCAUUGAAUUGUUUAUUAGUCCCGAGUGGACAACAAACAUUUGCAUCAUGGCUGAAUUGCAGUGCUACAAAAUCAAGAAUUGCCAGUGAAUUGCUACCAGCGUCAUCACUGAGGCACUAUAAUUCAGCUGCGGCUGAACCUUUCCUCAAUGGCUCCAGCUCUAACUAUGUUGAGGAUAUGUACAAUGCCUGGCUGAGGGAUCCGGCAUCAGUGCAUGCGUCGUGGGAUGCGUAUUUCCGAAAUAAUUCCUAUACCGCUCCCCCGUCGCUGGCACCGGUGCCAAAGGGACAUGUAGCUCUGUCUGAGAUUCGUUCCCUGCCAGGUGCAGUAGGAUCUGCAAUGUCAUCAGAUGAGAAAGUCAUUGAUGAUCAUCUAGCUGUUCAGGCCAUUAUCAGAAGUUACCAGUCACGUGGUCAUUUGAUGGCUGAUUUGGAUCCACUCGGAAUUUUGAAUUCUGAGUUAAAAGUUGGUCCGGAUGGAGUGAAGCGACGUGCUAAUGAACAAGUGACGAGAAAAUAUAUGAAUUUCGGUGAACAUGAUAUGGAGAGAGUGUUCAAACUUCCCAGCACUACGUUUAUUGGUGGAAAGGAGGAGAAAUAUUUGCCUCUGAGGGAAAUUCUUGAUCGUCUUGAGCAUGUUUAUUGCAACAAAAUUGGUGUUGAAUUCAUGUUUAUCAAUUCCCUGGAGCAGUGCAACUGGAUUCGACAGAAAUUUGAAACACCGGACAUUAUGAAAUUUACAAAUGAUGAGAAACGCUUGAUUUUGGCACGAUUGAGUCGUGCUGCUGGUUUUGAGGGUUUCCUGGCCAAGAAGUUCUCAUCGGAGAAGCGUUUUGGUCUGGAGGGUUGUGAAAUAAUGAUUCCGGCCAUGAAGCAGGUGAUUGAUGUAUCAACACGUUUGGGUGUUGAAUCAAUUAUCAUGGGUAUGCCACAUCGUGGACGUCUCAAUGUACUGGCCAAUGUCUGUCGUAAGCCACUGCAUCAGAUUCUAACCCAAUUUGCCGGUCUUGAGGCUGCUGAUGAUGGAUCAGGUGAUGUGAAGUAUCAUUUGGGCACGUAUAUUGAGCGUCUCAAUCGUGUGACGAAUAAGAAUAUUCGUUUGGCUGUUGUGGCCAAUCCGUCGCAUUUGGAAUGUGUUAAUCCAGUUGUUCAGGGCAAGACACGAGCUGAACAAUUCUACCGGGGCGAUGGUGAAGGCAAGAAGGUCAUGUCGAUCCUUGUGCACGGAGAUGCAGCCUUCUGUGGGCAGGGUGUUGUCUUUGAGACGUUCCACUUGUCUGAUUUGCCCGAUUAUACAACUCAUGGUACAAUUCAUAUUGUUGUAAAUAACCAAAUUGGCUUUACGACAGAUCCACGUCGUUCACGAUCAUCGCCCUAUUGCACAGAUGUAGCACGUGUUGUCAAUGCACCCAUCUUCCACGUCAAUGCUGACGAACCGGAAGCUGUGAUGCAUGUGUGCAAUGUUGCAGCUGAAUGGAGGGCAACGUAUCACAAAGAUGUUGUCAUUGAUUUGGUCUGCUAUCGUCGCAAUGGUCACAAUGAAAUUGAUGAGCCAAUGUUUACACAACCCCUGAUGUACCAGAAGAUCAGGCAAUUGAAGCCACUGUUGGAGAUCUAUUCGGACAGGCUGGUGAAUGAGGGUGUUGUGUCAAAUGAUGAGGUGAAGGCCGUGAAGGAUAAAUAUGAGAAAAUUUGUGAGGAGGCAUUUGAGUUGGCUAAAGUGGAGACACAUAUUAAGUACAAGGAUUGGCUGGAUUCGCCAUGGUCGGGCUUCUUUGAGGGCAAGGAUCCACUGAAAGUGUGCCCAACUGGAGUUCAUGAAGAGACUCUCGUCCACAUUGGCAAUCGCUUCUCUGCACCACCGCCAAAUGCAGCCGAAUUCACCAUUCACAAGGGUCUCAUGCGUAUUUUGGCGGCACGCAAGGAAAUGGUGGAGAAACGUACUGUGGACUGGGCUUUGGGUGAGGCUAUGGCCUUUGGGUCACUCCUCAAGGAGGGAAUCCAUGUACGUCUGUCGGGACAGGAUGUUGAGCGUGGUACUUUCUCACAUCGUCAUCAUGUGCUGCACCAUCAGCGUGUCGACAAGGCUACCUAUCGUCCACUGUGUCACUUGUACCCCGAUCAGGGUCCCUACACCGUCUGCAACAGUUCCCUGUCUGAAUUUGCUGUGCUCGGUUUUGAGCAUGGCUACUCGAUGACCAAUCCCAAUGCCUUGGUGAUGUGGGAGGGACAAUUUGGUGACUUCAUGAAUACAGCUCAGUGUAUCAUUGAUCAGUUUAUCUCGUGCGGACAAGCCAAAUGGGUGCGACAGAGUGGAUUGGUGAUGCUGUUGCCACAUGGAAUGGAAGGCAUGGGUCCGGAACAUUCAUCAGCACGUCUCGAGCGUUUCCUUCAGAUGUCUUCUGACGAUCCUGACUACUUCCCGCCUGAAUCCGAUGAAUUUGCCAUUCGGCAGUUGCACGACAUCAAUUGGAUUGUGGCCAAUGUGUCAACACCAGCAAAUUAUUUCCACAUCAUGCGUCGUCAGAUCUACUUGCCCUUCCGCAAGCCACUCAUCAUGAUGACACCCAAGUCCCUCCUCAGACAUCCAGAAUGCAAGAGUUCCUUCGACAUGAUGACAGGCAAUACGGAGUUCCUGCGAUUGAUUCCCGAGGAAGAUGUCGCCGCACAGAAUCCGUCUGGGGUGAAGAAACUCAUCUUCUGCAGUGGUCGUGUCUACUAUGACUUGCUGAAAGCGCGUCGUGAUAAGAAACUUGAAUCUGAUAUUGCAAUUGCUCGUGUUGAGCAGAUUUCUCCGUUCCCAUAUGAUCUGGUGAAGAAGGAAGCUGAGAAGUACAGCAAUGCCGAAUUGGUGUGGACACAGGAAGAGGCCAAAAAUCAGGGAGCUUGGGGAUAUGUACAGCCAAGAUUCCAUACAGCUCUCAGUGCAUCUCGUGAUGUCAGUAGUCAUGAGGUAGGAAACCGAGAGAUUUCUUCAGAUGCUGCUGCGUCCAGUGCUUCUGCUUCAUCAUCGUCUGCUACUACUGACCAAUCAAAUGAUGGUACAUGGUUGGGUCGAAUUUUUGGGCCGAACAGUCCGAAAAAGCAUGCGAAUAUUAAUACCGACUUUUCACCGACACAUAGUGAUUUUAAUAGGCCGUCUGACGGAUAUGCGGCCAAAGUGAAAAAAUCAUUUAAAACGACGAGACCGAUUAGCUACUGUGGUCGUCCAACUGCGGCUUCAACGGCCACUGGUUCGAAGGCUCAGCACAACAAGGAGUUGGCACAUUUCUUGGAGGAUGCGAUGGCAGUUUAAGUGAAAGAAAAAUUUUCGAUGUUUUAAGGAAAAAUUAUUUAUUUCAAUUUGAAUACCAGAUAAAAAUCAAACCUGAUGUUAGAUUAAAAAAAGAAAAAUAAUAAAAAAGAAUAAAAAAUACUGUAUUUUUGUCAUAACACAGAUAAAACAGAAACUCUAAAUAAUUUAUUUUAUUAUCAUCUACGAGAAAUAUUUUUUCUGUUUUAUUUUUUGAAAGACCCAUUUGAUUUAGAAAGAAAAAAAAAUAUCUUUUCAGAUAAGAACAAACUAUCGAAUGACGAAUAUUUAGGAUGUGUGAUGUCUUUAGUUUUGUUCGAUGUAUUUUAUUUGAUGAAACAUAUUAUAAUACUAAAAAAUAUUCUAGGAAAAUGUUGUAUAAAUUAAUUAAUAACUUCUUUUGCCUUUUGAUGUGGACAAAGAGUUCUAUACAAAAAAAAACAAAUUUUUGACUAUAUUUAUUGAAGUGAUACAGGUGAGAGAGACGAGAGGUUUAAAAGAAGAAAAUUCACUGAAGGAAAAACCAUUGCAAGAUUCUUUGUUGAAUGGUGCUAAAAGCAGUGGAAUUUUUUGGUGGACUGAAAUCCGCAUGAAUACAAAGAAGAAAAAAGAAAAUGUCAGUAUUGGAGAAAAAAAAAACUUUCGCAUCUGUUAACCAAAUAAAAGGAAUAUUGAUUGCUUUUAAGACACUUUACACCCAAGAAUUAGAUUAUUUAGAGAAGAAUUCUAACAAGAACUUAACAACUCAGAGGAAUGUUGUUACAAAGUGCUUAAAAGCGUGAUAUUAUAACAAAAUGAUUCUUUAAUGUUUGUAGAGAAAAAAAUGCACCUUCUUCACCUCUAUAAUGAUAACCCUGAUGAAAACUUAUGAAAAAAAAGAUAAUGUUACUGAUAGAGAUGAAUGAUUUCUCUGUGACUCGCACCAAUAUUGUGAAACUUUUGAAUAUGUAAUUUUUUUUUUGGAAUCUUGACGUUACAAAACGAAUGUUCUAAAAGAUAAAACUCCUUAACUCAAUCGGAUUUAUUAGUGUUAUUAUUUUUAGGAAAGAACAAUUCAUUAUUUAUUUCUAAUUAAUAUCUCAAUUUAAGCCACAAAAUAAAGAACAUCAACAUCA